GCUGAGUUCAGCUCGAAGGUUCCUCGCUCGCUUGCUGCGCCCCACGAUAGGGUGGCUGAGUGUAGUCAUCAGGUCGGAUGAGGUCGCGGCAAUCGGCAGGUGAGGUGUAUAAGAAUUGAUGUUCUUCCUCGAGUGUUCCAUCCCAUCAACCAUCAACACUAAUCCGUCUGACGUCAAUCACACCUUCCGCAUUCUCCGUUCCCCGCAAACCACCCCUCAUCGUAUCGACACAAGAACAUAGACAACAAACUUCACACAUCAGCCCUAAAGAUCCACCACACUACCUUCACAAUGUCAGGCCCCUACGAUCAGUACAACCAGGGAUACCAGCAACAUCAACAACACCAGCAAUAUCCUCAGUCGCAAAGCCCAUACCCGCAGCAGAGCUACGACCAGGGCGGCUACCAACAGCCCGGUUACCCGCCCCAGCAGCCACCACAGUCGCAGGACUACUACGGCGGGCAGCAAAACUACAACUCCCAGUACGGUCCCCCGGCGCAAGGAGGCUUCCAACAUGGUCAAGCACAGCAGUACGGUGGUGACGCUUACCAGCAGCAACAUCAAGGACAAUACAACCAACAAGGCAACUACCCUGGCGCACAACCCCAUAACCAAUUCCCACAGCAAGGCGCCUACGCCCAAGAUCAGUACCCACAAGGCCAGCACCAGCAGUACGGCCAGCAGCAAUACGGCUCCACAGACCCAAACAUGCAAGCCGAGGGUGACCGAGGCCUGAUGGGCGCGCUUGCCGGUGGUGCCGCGGGGUCAUUUGGCGGUAACAAGAUGGGCGGGCAUGGCAUCCUUGGAGCCAUAGCAGGCGCUGUCCUCGGUAGCAAGGCUGAAGACGCGAUGAAGAACAAGAACAAGAAGCCCCACCAGGGUGGGUACUAUAACUAGGUGGCGAAUUAAGCAGUGGGAAUGAUGGCGUUUUGGUUUCUCGAUGCAAAAGCAUGGUACUGCUGCGUUGGGUUUAUGACUGGGCUGGAUGGUAUUAUUAUGACUCAAUGACCGAAUAGUUCCAAUUUCACA